AUGAUGAGCUCCAAAGAGGAGGAAACUCUCUGUUUUUUCCAGUAUGUUGAGGAGAAUGGGCUGAGAGCCUACAACGGCCUGGUAGCUCAGAACUUGGACCACGCCAGGAAUGAGAGAAACAGGGCAUUCCUGCAGGAAAAAAACGACAAGAAGAGAAAGCAGGAGGAAGCCAUAAGGAGGACAGGUGAAGACAUAGCAACCGAAGGCAAGCACUUACGUAUGGGCUCUAUUACCAUGCCGGACCCCCAGGAACGCAUGCCCAUGCCCCACCCGCAUGCCCUUGCCUGUGGGCAGGGCUUCUCUGUACGCUCCCAGUCCCUCCACUCAGUCGGUGGUGGGAACAGUGGGGGUGGAGGAGAGGAGGAAGUGGGAAGCCCGACCUCUAGGAAGCAGCCCCCACCCAAGCCCAGGAGGGACCCAGCCACCAAGCUGAGCAUGUCGUCUGAGGCAGUGGACCACAGUCCUAUGUCCACCUGCCGUGGGGAGAGAUGUGACGGUGAGUGGUGUGAUGCAGCUCAAGGAUGCAGUGAGGACUGCAGGAGGGUUCCACCGCCCAAACCCAAGAGGAACCCCAACACACAACUGAGCGUUUCCUUUGAUGAGUCCUACAUCAAGAGUCACGGGGGCAGCGGGGUCUGCCCCUCAAAACCCCUCCAUCAUGUCACCUCCCCCUGCGAACACAACUCCUCGCCUCCACAGAGUGAUGAGAGCCCUACAGAUGACUGUGAAGAUGAGCCUGUCUACAUAGAGAUGGGCGGGUUCGAUGUCGGAGCACGAGAACCCCUGAAGAGUGAGGAUGAGGAGCCGGGAGAGUCCGUGUACGAGGAAAUGAAGUACCCAGUUCUGGAUGAUAUGGAGUACCGCACUGACCCCGUGGGAUGCCGCUCUGCAUGCCCCACCCCAGCACCCUAUGACCCUGAACCUCUCAGUCGCUGCUCCACACCUAGAAACAUUCCCCUUUGUGACAUUCCUGCACCUUUUCCCAAUUUACUCACCCAUCGCCCUCCGCUGUUAGUCUUCCCACCAGCACCAGCCCAGUGUUCACCCAACUCAGAUGAGUCUCCCCUCACCCCUCUAGAUGUAACCAAAUUGCCCAUGCUGGAGAACCAAUCCUACAGCAAAUCCCCAACAUCCUCCACUGAGCCACCCUCCUCUGCACACAUUCGCAGGGAGCUCACUGCCACCCCAACCCUCACCGUCUCUGGGCGCUCCUCUGCACCUCCUCUACCAUGUACCCUCUACAAAUCCUCCUCCUCAUCCUCCUAUCAGCGCAGCCACUCUGCUUGCCCAUCGCCUGUCAGCAUGGGCCGCUGUCUAACCCCUCUGAGCCUCAUGCGUACACCUCCUUUUGACGCUACAAUGCCAUUCCCCGGAGGUCUGCCACGGAGCGCCUCUGCCACCCCUCAUGGCAAAGGCUCACCACCUCAAGAUGGUGUGAGUCGACUCCACGGCUCUAUGCAGAAUGUGUCAACAGGGCGAUCACGGACACCCACCAGCCCACUGGACGAAUUAACCAACCUGUUCACCACAGGCAGGAACAUGCUGAAGAAAAACACCAGUGGCAGAAAGUCUAAAGAGCCUGGAGAAACUGAGUCCAAAAGCAAAUCUCACAGUGAUUCCAAGCGUGAAGGCAAGGAACGGCACAGCCACAGUCACAGCAAGGAGUCCAAGCGAGACUCCAAAGAGCGCCACAUCAAAGAGUCUUCUCACCGAAGAGACAGUAAAGACCGUACUUGUAGUGGUGUAGAAGCAACACCUGUUCGCAGGGAUAGCAGGGACCAGGGCUGCAGCAGUGUAGAGCCCAUUCCUGUAAGACGGGACUCCAAAGACAGGGGCUGCAGCUCCUUAGAACCCAUCUCUUUGAUAAGAAGAGACUCCAAGGACAGAGGGAUCAGCAAUGGUGACUUGAUGCCAAGGAGAGACAGUAAAGAUCGGGGUGGGGGACAUGGAAUGGAGUCUCUGCUUAGACAGGACAGCAAGGACAGACUGUUAGAUCAGCCACCUGAGCUGUUACCUAGACAAGACAGCAAGGAAAGGGCACGAAAUGGUAUAGACUCUAGACAUGAAAGCAGAGAGAGACUGCUGGAUCAGCCACCUGAGCUCUUACCCCGACAGGAUAGCAAAGAGAGAGCCAGGAACGGUGUCGACUCAAAGUAUGAAAGCAGAGACAGGCCACCUGAGCUUGUACCCCGACAGGAGAGCAAAGACAGAGCUAGAACUGGAGCAGAAUAUAGGCAUGAUAGCAAAGACCAUCGUCCUGAUUUCAGGGACAGAGUUGGCUACAACUCUGAAUCCAAGCAUGAGGCGAGAGAGCGGAGCUCCCACAAUGGAGAUCUUCCUCCGCCUCAUCUAACCAGGCAGGACAGUAAAGACCUGAGCAAAACUGGCCUCGAGGUGAGACGGGACAGCAAAGACAGAAGUCUGAAUGGCUCAGAGCCUCACUGUGAUGUGAAGAACACCAAGAGCCCCACUAGAAUGGAGUAUGGGUGUGAUAGCAAAGAGAGAGGAUACAGAUCAGAUGGCACGCCCCGACGAGAUAACAGAGCAAAUUACAGCAUGGACCAAUCAAAAGCACAAGAGAGGAAUGGCGGCACAAUGUCAGGGCAGCAUUCAUCCACGACACCUACUCACCACGGGAGAUCAUCUGGCAGCCCACCAAUGACCAUGGGAACAGGAAAUGGUAAGGAUCUGAAAGCAGCACCAAGGUAUGGCCGCUCACCUUCUACGCCUGCUAACCCCUCACCAAUGGGAACUCCACAAAGGAGAGCAGCAGAGACACAUCAGAGCCAGAUGCCCCAGAUGCCAUGGAUAUGUGGGGACACCACCAUGCUAGAGCAGAUUGAGAGGAAACGCACCCUCUGCACGGAGAUCCGCUCCAGACAGCAUCCACACCUGCAGAGAUCUCUGGAGAGGCCUCCUCCUCUGGACAGGAACGAGGACAGGUCCCAGGAGCGGAAUCAGUGCAAGCAAGAAAGUGCUUCUGUCCUCCCAAGCUGGGGGAAAAGCAGCGGGGCCAAAAAGAUCCGUCCUCCCCCUUACCCCACACAGACAACCGUUUUUUGGGACACAGCCAUCUGA